AUUUUGUGAAUGGUCUUUUUCGGAAGCCACCCACCGAAAGCAUUUUUCAUGGGCUUAUAUUCCAUCCUUGCAGCCUGUUUCUUCAACAUGAAUGAUGAAGCUUUCUCUUUGGUGAAAUAUGAAAAGGAAGUUGCCUAUAUAUAUACUUGGGACAUAUACCACAUUCAUUCAAUUCCAUCACAGAUGGACGAAGCUGGUACUCUUGAUUUUCUAGUUUCCAUUUACACGUGUCUACCCCUGGAAUCUUUUCGGCAAUCUUGCAGCAAUUUUAGACCACCUAUUGCCAAGACUAGCAUGGAGGUCAAUAACAAGCUGCUCCUCAGCUUCAUUGAGUAGCCCUCGCUUUAAGUCAGGCCGAAGAUAAUUAAUCCAUCGGAGGCGGCAGCUCUUGCCA